GUCCAUAUCAGACUGCCAACUCUUCAUCACCCAUCUCCCCACCGCUAGAUCAUCUUCCCUCCCUCCGUAUAAAUACCCCCUACCCUUCCCUCCAAAAUAAUAGCCCUUCCUUUCAAGAAAACAGUUACCGGCAGUUUUAUACAUAUAUAUUUUUACGGAUCUUCACCGUUUUACCCCUACAGAUUGGCGGAAAUGAGAGAGAUUCUGCACAUCCAGGGAGGGCAAUGUGGGAACCAAAUAGGAGCAAAGUUCUGGGAGGUUGUGUGCGACGAGCACGGUAUAGACCCCACCGGGCAGUACACCGGUAACACCGACAUUCAGUUGGAGAGGGUGAAUGUUUAUUACAACGAGGCCAGCGGCGGCCGUUACGUGCCUCGCGCAGUGCUCAUGGACCUCGAGCCAGGCACUAUGGACAGCAUCCGCGCAGGGCCUUACGGCCAGAUUUUCCGACCGGAUAACUUUGUUUUUGGCCAGUCCGGGGCCGGAAACAAUUGGGCUAAAGGGCAUUACACGGAAGGCGCUGAGCUCAUUGAUUCGGUGCUCGAUGUUGUUAGGAAAGAGGCUGAGAAUUGUGAUUGCUUGCAAGGAUUUCAAGUAUGUCACUCACUUGGAGGCGGAACCGGUUCUGGAAUGGGAACUCUCCUCAUUUCAAAGGUAAGAGAAGAAUUUCCGGACCGGAUGAUGCUCACCUUCUCUGUCUUUCCAUCUCCGAAGGUUUCAGACACCGUCGUGGAGCCUUACAAUGCCACACUUUCCGUUCACCAACUGGUUGAGAAUGGAGAUGAAUGUAUGGUCCUCGACAACGAAGCCCUCUACGAUAUAUGCUUCAGGACUCUUAAGCUCACCACCCCAAGCUUUGGGGAUUUGAAUCAUCUGAUUUCGGGAACUAUGAGCGGAGUUACUUGUUGUUUACGCUUCCCUGGACAAUUGAACUCGGAUCUGCGAAAGCUAGCCGUGAAUUUAAUCCCAUUCCCUCGACUACACUUCUUCAUGGUGGGAUUUGCACCUCUGACAUCUCGAGGUUCGCAGCAGUACUGCGCAUUAUCCGUCCCCGAACUGACACAACAAAUGUGGGAUGCAAAGAAUAUGAUGUGCGCAGCUGAUCCGCGCCAUGGACGUUACCUCACAGCAUCAGCGAUGUUUCGAGGCAAAAUGAGCACGAAAGAAGUUGACGAACAGAUGAUGAAUGUGCAGAACAAGAACUCCUCCUACUUCGUUGAGUGGAUUCCAAACAAUGUCAAGUCCAGCGUUUGUGACAUUCCACCGCAAGGUCUUAUAAUGUCUUCGACAUUUAUUGGAAAUUCGACUUCUAUACAAGAGAUGUUUCGUAGAGUGAGCGAGCAGUUCACGGCAAUGUUUAGGAGGAAGGCCUUUUUGCACUGGUAUACCGGAGAGGGAAUGGAUGAGAUGGAGUUUACGGAAGCGGAGAGUAACAUGAACGAUCUUGUUGCGGAAUACCAACAGUACCAAGAUGCCACGGUUGACGAAGAUGGCGAUUACGCCGAAGAGGAAGAAGGGAUGGGAGGUGGGGAAGAACUCUGAAGGUGUUUGAUUUGACGAGUUUGCUGUUUCGUGUGAUGCAAGCAAUAAUUAAGGUGUUCAUUUUUGCAAACUAUUAUCUACGAGUACUGCGAUAUUGUGUUUGUAUGGGAAUUUAGUAAAUUCAGUUUUCCUUCAUAAGUGAAGCCCUUGCUUGUAAUAAGCUAUUUGCUUCUAGGAUAAAAUUACACAUAUGCAUCACCUUGAAUAUUUAUAUCAUGCAGAUAUGUAUUACUUGGUAUAAAACUGAGCGCAGUGGUGUUUUAGGAUUUAUAUAGCCGACUUCAUUUGGUGGGAUAAAACUUUGUUGUUGUUGUUUGUAGAUGUGUAUAUGAUUACAUGCACCAAGCAUUCUUUUUUGAGCCAUCUUUUCGAGACUUCUUACGACAUUGAGAAAAGAAAUAUUACUAACCAGAAGUAAAUUGUAUUCUCUA